GGAGUCAGUUUGCACAACGCCCUACCUGCCCACUCCCCAUUGUGGCACGGAGUUGCACGGCUGCUACAACGUAAACUACCCAGUGUUCUGGCAGUCUGCGCAGGAAGCGGACGCAGCACAGCAGACAAGAAGCGUGGAGCACUAGCGGUCUGUCAGUCCGACUAUCUGCCGAAUAAAAUAGGCUACACAAGAAGCUGAGCAGAUAACCACUCGGACAGAUCCAUGUCCCGUCCCAGUGGUUGAAAAAAAAAACAGAAAGAAACGAGAGGACACCUUCACAUGUUUGAAGAGCAACACACAACAUAAGAGGACUGUGAGUGCAGGUGAGGUGAGGACAAGGACAAGUCCUUCAUCCGUCCGUCAACGUCCGAGUGUCCCGGUGCCGCCCACUCUCAGGUCACCUCAACCGCGACGGCGGCCGAACAAAUAGGAGUCUCCCGAACCCAGCGUCCCUCAGACUGCCUGCCUUCGCAAAGCAAACAUUUGAAGCCAUUAUAUCUCAUUUCCCAGGGCUAACCUUCGGUGCAAAGAUCAACGGAAAAGGAGUAAUCGCUCAGAGAGAGACGGACAAAGAGAGAAAGAAAGAAAGGGGGAGGGUGAAAAAUAGUAACCCUUUCAAAGUGAACUCUGCCUGCUAUUUCUGCUGCGCUGUGGGCAGGAGAACGUCCCAUUUGGGAGUGCUUUUGGCCAGUGGCAACAGGAUUUCCCUGCACCCUGCCCAUUUAUCCAAAUGCCUGUGUAAAUACUAGAUAGAGAUAUCAAUUUGUCUGGGCUCCAACAGUGCCCAAAAAGAGACUAUCUAUAGCUAUAAGCUAUCUAUAGCAAGCUCCACAUCAAACUUGGCCUCUGUGGUCACAGAAUUGCUACCUAUUUAUUUCCUCAGUGGAGAGAUUCAGGAACUGUGAGUGAGAAUGGGAGCUGCUAUGUCUUUAGUUCUGAAGCAGAAAGCUUACUGAAAAAGUUCACACUCGACUAGAACUUGAAAGGCACAACAAUAAAUCCAGGGGGACACCUUUCGCCACUGGCUGCAGGAGAAGGCAGCCAUUUUGGGGCUGCUGUUUUGAUGUCUUUACCCAAAAGGGUGGAGCACCAUGAAACCGCUAACACCCAUAGGAUCCCCCUCACCUCUAAGGCUCCUCAACAAGGGCCCGGACUACCUGCGUAGGCAGAUGGAGGGUGGGGGCCAGGGCCGAUCGAUCAGUGCUGUUGAGAGACUAGAGGCAGACAAGGCCAAGUACGUUAAGAGCCAGCAGGUCAUUAACACCAAACAGGAGCCCGUCCUGGUGCCCUGCACACCACCUCCUCCACACCGUCGUCCCCUCACCGUGCCUGGGAGUCUCACCCCACGGCUGCCACCCCGCCGUUCCUCUGCCCCUUUCCCUACCCUGACCGGCCCCCUCAACGUACGAGACGAGAACGAGAAUGAUGACUCGAGGAAGGAGAAUCGGAGGACGUCGGUGGAUGUGGAAGCACGGAACAGGAGUAACGCCAACAAGGUGACCCCACCCAGCCCCAGGACCCCCAGGACUCCACCCUCCGUGCCCCUGGUAGCCCCUCACAGUGCCCCCAUCCUGAGGAGGAGCACCGGUAAGCGCAUGCUGCGUCCUGACUCCCUGGUCAUCUACCGGCAGAAGAAAGAGUGUAAAAGCCUGCCUAGUGGUGGCGUCAUACUGGGGAACUCCAACCUGGAGAUAAAGGGGUACAACUUUGUCCGCCGCCUCUUCCAGGGCUCCAUGCGGGAGAAGAGUGGCGGUGGCGAGGGGGACACCCAGAAGAUGGUGAUCAGCGAGGAGAAAGCUCUGUCGCGGGAUGGUGACUCACGCAUGUCCUGGACCAAUGACAAGGAGACCGUGGACGGGGGACAGGGUGGGCCGGGUAGCCGGAGAUCCAGUAAGACGGACCACGAGCGCUCACCACUGCCCAGCCCUGGCUUCAGCUGUACACUGGAGCAGACUAAGAAUGGUGUUAGCUGUGUUAGCAAUGGCAUCACCAAUGGUACCAGAAAUGGCAAUGGCAUCACCAAGGGCAACAACGUGAGUGACCACACUGACAACGAGGCGGACAUCUGGAAGCGGGUGCCGCCACCACCACCACCGCGGCGGCGUUCAGGACUACAACGCUCCAAGUCAGAUCUGCUUCUGCGAUGCUCAGUGGCGUUGUCUGACCAGGAGCAUUUCUUUAACUACUGCGGGCUGGACCUGGACAUGGUGGACCGGCUGGGGCCUGAGAACUUCAUGGGUGGGGCCAGCGACGUAGACACGCUCUCAUUGGUGCUGAGGAGCAUAGGGGGAGGGUGCGGUGGCUCGGAGCCCAGCGAGUUCUCCCGUCACUCAGGAGAGGCGGGGCUUUUCCAGGAGGAGGUGGCCGAGAAGCUGACCACAGGGGUGUCAAUCAUCGAGAGGAACGCCCGUGUCAUCAAAUGGCUCUACAGCUGCAAGAACGCAGCACAGGAGGGGCCCAAAGAGUCCACUGUUUAGACAUCACUUCUCUAAAAGAAGACAUGUUCCCCUAUGACUGAAGGACAGAGACUUUGUUAUUGUACUGUAAUCCUUAGUCUUCUCCCAGGUUGAUAUGCUGUAUUUAUAGGUCCUAUGGAAAGUGAGGGGUGUGGAUGGGCUACACCUUAUUUUCGAGUGGAAUCAUUUACCCCUGAAGAUGUUAUUGUCAGUGAGUGUGUGCGGUUGUGUUGGAUAUGGCUGUCCCGCCCACUCCCUAUCCUAACCAAUAGGUAUUGUCAGAUCUAUAGUGACUGACAGCCUCCCCUAAGCUCCGCUCUGACUCUACAACACACAAUAAGGCGCAUCAGUGAGAAAACAACAGGCACAGAUGAGGCUGUAUUUAGCGUCGUGGACGCACAAAAACACAACCCUACACUCUUCUCUCUAACAAAUUCAUAAUUUAGAAUGGAAAACCACAGAGUUUUUUUCUAAAAUGGAGUGAACCGUGAGUACCUCAUUCCGAACUGUGCCAGUUUAGUUUGUGUGUUGCCUUUUUUUUCUUCUUAAACGCGGGCGUUGGAACAAACACGCGAGGGCCCCCGUGGGGUCGUUAAUGCACUGAACUGGACGAAAAGUGAGAGAGGGAGGAAAUGAGUGAGUGAGAGAGAGAGGGAGGAUACGAGUGAGAGAGAAACGAGUGAGAGAGCGAGGGAGGAUACGAGUGAGAGAGAGAGGAAACGAGUGAGAGAGAGAGGAAACGAGUGAGAGAGAGAGAGAAAGUGAAACAGCUUUAUAGGAGACUCCUCUCCAAUUAAACACUGAGCAUAAUACUCUAGAGACAGUACUACCGCGACAGUCGUAUUAGACAAGGAGGGACGCAGGGUCGGUUAUUUUGAUCCUACAGCACCUCUGAACCUUACCCCAAAGAGCGCUAACUCUUACACAGCAACUACUGACCACUGAUACGUUAGUUGUGACGCAAUUGUGAUUGAUUUUGACAGCUACAGCUGUGUAACUGGCUGGCAGCGAACUCUGCAUUGCCUUUUUAUCUGUUGCUACUGUGUAAGCUACCUUGUUGCCAUUGCAGGAUAGAAAUUAAAGUGUGAUAAGUUAUUUUUACUGGAUAACUGGUCAAUUCCUUGUGGGAAAAAAGUGACUUUUUACUUCGCUACCACAAAAUAUUAACUUAAAAGGGCAUUUUAAAUUCCUCACAAACACAGAUGUAUUUUGUUGCUGUUGUCAUGUAACAUAUUUCACCAUAUUAGGUGUUCAAAGUGUAAGGGACCAUGAGCUAUCAGGUUGCCAAAUAUUUGAGGGUGUCACCUUCACAGAGCUGACGUUUACAGAGUCCCCCAGACUCCCUCUGGUUUGGGGGUUGGGGUUCCUCUCCCCUCUGGGGCCAAUGGUCAUCUGGUUCUCCCCACAGGAGACCCUAGGCCUGGGGGAGGACGGUAAGGGGGUGAGAACUCCCUCUCUCCCCCCUCUACCUUUUUAAUAGCUGUAGAUCCUGCCUCACUUCAUCAAUCUGUCAGUGAUGCCACUUUUUAUCGAAAUGAAAACGUCACGUUGAUCAGAGUUCUCCCAGGGAUACCUCUGAAAAGUGAACUGAAGUCGGCGGGUGGUAUGUACGGGUUAGAAUGUGACACGGAGAGACAGAGGCAUUGGGUGGAGUAAUAUUGGACCUGAGGAGGGUCACAUGAUAGGCUAUGUAAUAAAUCAACAACCAAUCCCCUUUUAGAGCCAUGGUGUUUUCUCUCUGUAAGUAGCAUAGUGCCCCAAAACAACUGGACACCCCCUCCCCCCUUUAAACUGGAUUUGUGUUGCAAACUCUUCGGAGAAAACUCUUCUCUUGCAUGUUUACAAAAUGUCUCUGUACAUUUUUUCGAUCUGUUUUAUUUUCUGUGUAUAUGAGAGGUUUUAGUUUUUACUCCAAAGAGAAGUGUGUAUGAUGUUGUACACAGACAAUUUUAAGAAUAAAGUUAUAUUUGUGUGA